CACUUCCAUAUUUGGAAACGUCAAAGGAGUUCACUUCCUCUUGGAUUCUUCAAAGCUGAGAGUUGUUUCUGUUUAUUUCUACGUUUUAAAAUGCCGGUAAGAGCUUGUUUAUGGUUGCAGAUGCAUGAUAGUGCUUUGAAAAGACCAAGGCUGUAUUAAACUUUUCCAUGUUCUUUUAAAAGGCGUACCACUCGUCGUUAUCUGCACCUAAUUCCUUGUGCAAGAUGGCGCUGCUUCCCAUCAACACGAAGUUCAAAGGCCCAGCUCCGCCCGGAGGUACCACAUACAACUUUUCCUACUCUUACAUUUGCUAAGAAUUUAAUUUUACGAAUCUUUUUUAUCACAGCUAUGCUAUGAUUUUGAGCGAUUUUGAUUUUUGAGUUUGUUGUGUAUGUUUUAUUCGCGACGAACUUAUAUGGGAUUGAUCGAGAAAUGCAAUUUUAUUGUCAAUGUCUUUUUAUUUCAGAUGGAAAUCCCGAUAUCAUAGAAGAAGCGAUCUAUUAUUUCAAAGCCAACGUUUUCUUCAAAAGCUAUGAGAUCAAGGUAUUUAUUUAAGUACGGUGGUAUGUUCAACCAGAGUGGGUUUUGAGGAAAAGGUUUAAGGAAAUUAAUCCAUUCCAUACCAACCUAGAUGAGUGCAUUGAAUCAGAAGUGAAAUGUACAGUUCAUGAUUUAUUUUGUGAGCCAGCUGACCGUGUGCUUCACAGGAAUCCAUGAUGAAAGUGUUUCUAUCAGAAAAAAAGAAGAGAAUUGUCCCAAGUUUAACUCAAGUUUCCAUUUGUUCUUCUGCAUAGGGUCCUAAUGCCAUCCUACCAUCAUAUGAUAAGGUUUUUACUUCAUUUAUGGCCUAAUUGCCAAAACUGAGAUAGAUUUUUGGGUUAAGAUUUUAAAGAAAUUGCAGUGCCUGCAUCAGUGAGGAGUAUAACAAGAUAAUUUGGCUUUAUCAACUAAGUUGAUGAUGUAAAUUGGCCAUUGCAAAAACUUUCUAUAGUUGAUAUUGAGAGGUUGGCCCUUUGUUAGAGCAAGUAGAGGAAUUGUGGGCUGUGUGUGUUUAAUAUGCAGAUAUGUGCCUCUGAAAUGAUAUUAAAGGUGUAGAUCCUCUGAAGGGGGAGGAAAUUUUUUGUGCCCUAAUAGUUUGGUCUUUUGAACUUGACACAACCCAAAAUAUUUGAGUUCAGGGCACAGGGCCACUGAAACCCACCCAUUCAUGUGCUUUAGACAACAAAGUCAAAAGAGUGACUCUAUAUUCUGAUGUUUUAGCCUGUAAAUGGUUUUGGAAGGUAUGCUUACCAAUUAUGAAGGUUUUGUGGUCAUCUUGAGUGGAAUGUUGCUUACCAGCCAAACAACACGGCUCCUUCAGCUUUGUAGCGCUUAAAUGAGGUUUACAUAACAGUUGUGAUAAUUUAUUGAUUGAAUUUUUUCAUUCUUUAGUCUGAGGCAGAUCGUGUUUUGAUUUACCUGACGCUUUACAUCACAGAAUGUUUGAAGAAGCUUCAGAGGGUAUGCUGACACUUCUCAUAAACCAAGUCUAGAUUUUGCCGAUUUGAAUGGAAGGAAAACAGAGUUCUCUAUGACCUCACCACUCAGCUUUUAAUCACUGUUGGCUUUUUUUUUUAUGGAAGAGUGCAACCAAUAGCUAGUUUGUUUCUCAAAUUUUGUCAUGGUUUUGAUUAAUUGGUAACAAGACUUUCUUCUUGUCCAAUUCUGUUUAUAAUUAUACUCCUAAUUAACAACUUGGACUCCACCUUUGUAGUCGUCCAAUUUUGUUGAUUACUUUUAGAUUACUUGCAGACAGAAUUGGACUCCUGUCAGUUGCAUUAGCAUUCAAAAUCACUUGAUCAGCAGUUUUGAUAAGUGACAGUAAAUUAAAAUUUUUAACGCAUGCUGGGGCUUCAAAAGCUUUUUAGAAUGAAGCCAAGCCUCGACACCAAAAAGCCUUUUUUGAGGACUUAAAAUUAUAAUACCGUUAAGGUAUAUGUGUCUAGUUAAAUAACUUUUUUUUUUCAGUGCUCUUCCAAAGAAAAUGGUAAAAAGGAGAUGACAACCUUAGCAAUGGCUAAUUUUGUCAUUCCAGGAGACAGUGGGUUUCCACUGAAUGCUAUGUACUCAAAACCAAGUAGUAAAGCUGAAGCAGGUAACAUGACUCAAACUUUUGUCACAUCACAAUGUCCAUGCUCUGUGGAAAAAAUGAAUUUUUCAUUGAAAUACUUGUCAGUUUUAGUUGACUCUAAGCAUCAGCUUCUGGGGCCAUGAUGUUUUCCCUACCUCUGUGAGUAGCAUGAUGUGGAAUUAAUAUUAUUUUAAAAUAUUAUUUUGUUUUAAGAUUCUACAAGGGCAUACUUGACACAGUUGAGACAAGAACUUGGCCAGAGACUAGUGGAAGCUGUGUUUGAUCCACAGACAGAUAAACCAUCCAAGGUGUGCCAGUUUUGUGCAUCUUUUUAGCAUUAUUUCUGGUCAUAGCUAGAGUUUGUGUUCUCAGGCAUGACCAUGAAGAAGGCUGGUAGAAUUUGUGAUAAACCUAGGAAGCCUUUGAAUAUCCAGGCCAGGAAUGUUACGGCUCUUGUGAGGAUCAUGGAAAGUUCUGGGAAAUAUCCAAGGAAUGAGAUCCUUGCAAAUGGUUUCUCAUUUUUUUUUUUUUUUUAACUUUGUUAAAAACUCUUUUGAAUCCUUUUUUUUAGUGGUGGAUGUGUUUUGUGAAGAGAAAGUUCAUGGACAAGAGUCUGUCUGCCCCAGGGCAGUAG